UGGGCCCCCCACCCCCCAACCCUGGUGCUAGACCAUGCUGUGGGGAGACUGGGCAGGAAGACAUGACACCGGGAGUGAAACAGGAAACACAGCAGACAAUUCAGAGGGACUGGUUCCUUCUUUCCCAGGGACAAGAUGGCAAGACCGCCUGUGGCCAUGAGCCCUCCCCGGUGCUCCUGGGGUUAAGGCUGGGGCUGCAGCCAUGGGGCUGGAUCGGCCCCAGGCCUGGUUGCUGGGUCUGCCCACAGCUGCGGUCUAUGGCUCUCUGGCUCUCUUCACCACCAUCCUGCACAAUGUCUUCCUGCUCUACUAUGUAGACACCUUUGUAUCAGUGUACAAGAUCAACAAAAUGGCCUUCUGGGUCGGAGAGACGGUGUUUCUCCUCUGGAACAGCCUCAAUGACCCCCUCUUCGGCUGGCUCAGUGACCGGCAGUUCCUCAGCUCCCAGCACCGCAGGUCAGGCGUUGGGCUCUCCUCAAGGGCCGUGGUGCUGGCCCGGGUGCGGGCCCUGGGCUGGCAUGGGCCACUGCUGGCGCUGUCAUUCCUGGCAUUCUGGGUGCCCUGGGCCCCAGCUGGCCUGCAGUUCUUGCUGUGCCUGUGCCUCUAUGAUGGCUUCCUGACGCUCGUGGACCUGCACCACCACGCCUUGCUGGCCGACCUGGCACUCUCAGCCCACGACCGCACCCACCUCAACUUCUACUGCUCCCUCUUCAGUGCAGCCGGCUCCCUCUCUGUCUUUGCCUCCUAUGCCUUUUGGAACAAGGAGGAUUUCUCCUCCUUCCGCGCUUUCUGCGUGACACUGGCUGUCAGCUCUGGGCUGGGCUUUCUGGGGGCCACACAGCUGCUGAGGCAACGGGUUGAGGUCGCCCGAAGGGACCCAGGGUGCUCAGGCCUGGCUGUGGAUUGCGGCCCGUGUGGAGAGGAGCUGCUUGUGGGCAGUGAGGAGACAGACAGCAUCACCUUGGGCCAAUAUCUCCGGCAGCUGGCACGCCAUCGGAACUUCCUGUGGUUUGUGAGCAUGGACCUGGUGCAGGUCUUCCAUUGCCACUUCAACAGCAACUUCUUCCCUCUCUUCCUGGAGCAUCUGUUAUCUGACCAUAUCUCCCUUUCCACGGGCUCCAUCCUGUUGGGCCUCUCCUAUGUCGCUCCCCAUCUCAACAACCUCUACUUCCUCUCCCUGUGCCGGCGCUGGGGCGUCUACGCAGUGGUGCGGGGGCUCUUUCUGCUCAAGCUGGGCCUUAGCCUGCUCAUGUUGUUGGCUGGCCCGGACCACCUCAGCCUGCUGUGCCUCUUCAUUGCCAGCAACCGUGUCUUCACUGAGGGCACCUGUAAGCUGCUGACCUUGGUGGUCACCGACCUGGUAGACGAGGACCUGGUGCUGAACCACCGCAAGCAGGCAGCCUCGGCACUCCUCUUUGGCAUGGUUGCCCUGGUGACCAAGCCAGGCCAGACCUUUGCCCCGCUGCUGGGCACCUGGCUGCUCUGUUUCUACACAGGUCAUGACCUCUUCCAGCAGUCCCUGAUAACCCCUGUGGGGAGUGCUCAUCCUUGGCCAGAGCCCCCAGCCCCAGCCCCUGCACAGGUCCCGAUGCUCCGCCAGGGCUGCUUCUACCUGCUGGUGCUGGUACCCAUCACCUGUGCUCUGCUGCAGCUCUUCACCUGGUCCCAGUUCACGCUGCAUGGGAGACGCCUGCACAUGGUCAAGGCCCAGCGCCAGAACUUGUCACAGGCCCAAACCCUGGAUGUUAAGAUGGUGUGAGAGCUGUGGCAAGGCCACACUGCUGAGGACACUGCCAGCAGCCUGGUGGAGGAGCCAGUUUUUUUUUUCUUUUUUUUUUUUUUUAAGGAUUUCAUAGCUGUUUUUUUUCGUUUUUGUUUUUUUCUGGAGAUGUU